UGAAAACUAAAGAAGAGGAACGUUUGCACAAAGGUUUAAUGGUGGCCUUGGACUGAUAACAAUGAAUCAUUAUUACAUUGUUUUUAUGUGCACCAUGCUUGGCACUGAACUACUAAGGAGCCUCGGUACCCCUGUCAAAUCCCCAAGGUUCAGAGGUCGGGGGCAGCAUGAAAGAAAAAAUAUUAGGCCAAACAUUAUUCUUGUACUUACAGAUGACCAAGAUGUGGAACUUGGGUCCUUGCAAGUGAUGAAUAAAACCAGGAAGAUAAUGGAGAAUGGAGGUGCCAGUUUUGUUAAUGCAUUUGUAACCACUCCAAUGUGCUGUCCCUCUCGGUCCUCGAUGUUGACAGGGAAAUAUGUUCACAAUCACAAUGUCUAUACUAACAAUGAGAAUUGCUCUUCCCCCUCCUGGCAAGCAACACAUGAACCACGCACCUUUGCUGUGUAUCUCAAUAAUACUGGGUAUAGAACUGCUUUUUUUGGAAAAUACCUCAAUGAAUACAAUGGCAGCUAUAUCCCUCCUGGCUGGCGAGAAUGGGUUGGAUUAAUCAAAAACUCUCGCUUCUAUAAUUACACUGUUUGUCGCAAUGGCCUUAAAGAGAAGCAUGGAUUUGAAUAUGCAAAGGACUAUUUCACAGAUUUAAUCACUAAUGACAGCAUUAAUUAUUUCAAAAUGUCUAAGAGGACGUAUCCCCAUAGACCCAUAUUGAUGGUAAUCAGCCAUGCAGCUCCCCACGGCCCAGAAGAUUCUGCACCACAGUUCUCUGAGCUGUAUCCAAAUGCUUCUCAGCACAUAACUCCUAGUUAUAACUACGCACCCAAUUUAGAUAAGCAUUGGAUCAUGCAAUAUACAGGGCCUAUGCUUCCCAUACAUAUGGAAUUUACAAAUAUCUUGCAACGCAAAAGACUUCAAACUCUGCUGUCAGUUGAUGAUUCCAUGGAAAGGUUGUAUCAUACGCUAGUGGAAACUGGAGAACUGGAGAAUACUUACAUUAUUUACACUGCGGAUCAUGGUUACCAUAUUGGACAGUUUGGACUGGUCAAGGGAAAGUCAAUGCCAUAUGACUUUGACAUUCGUGUUCCUUUCUUUAUUCGUGGUCCAAGUGUAGAGCCGGGAUCAGUAGUAUCUCACAUGGUGCUGAAUAUUGACCUUGCUCCAACAGUUUUGGAUAUUGCAGGACUUGAUACACCUCCAGAUAUGGAUGGCAAAUCUAUUCUAAAGCUUCUGGACCUUGAAAAAACAGGGAACAGGUUUCGAACAAACAAGAAGACCAAAGUUUGGCGUGAUACAUUCCUAGUGGAAAGAGGCAAAUUUUUGCGUAAGAAGGAGGAAUUGGGCAAAAAUGCCCAGCAGUCAAAUCACUUGCCCAAAUAUGAGAGAGUGAAAGAAUUGUGUCAGCAAACACGAUACCAAACAGCUUGUGAGCAACCUGGCCAGAAAUGGCAGUGCAUUGAAGACACAUCUGGAAAACUACGCAUUCACAAAUGUAAAGGGGCCAGUGACAUUCUUGCUAUCAGAAAAAGAACACGGAGUAUACAGUCUCAGGGAUACAGCAGCAAAGAAAAUGACUGUGAUUGUGGAGAGGCUGAUUACCAGAGCAGUCGAGCCCAAAGGAAAAAUCAAAGAAGCUUCAUGAGAACCUCCAGUGGACAAAAAUACAAACCCCGGUUUGUCCACACUCGCCAAACUCGCUCCUUAUCUGUGGAAUUUGAAGGGGAAAUAUACAAUAUAAAUCUGGAAGAGGAGGAGGAGGAGGAGGAGGAGGGGGAAGAGGAGCUGCAUGUUCUUCAGCCCAAAAGCAUUGUUAAGCGGCAUGGAAGUUACAGUGAGGAGGAGGAGGAGGAGGAGGAAGCAGAGGAAGAUCAUUCAGAAGAUGGUGGUGGAGUUAAAGCAAUGCUUGCUGAUGGAACUAACAUAGUUGGCCAGCCAGACUCUGUCAGAGUUACUCAUAAGUGUUUUAUUCUUCCAAAUGACUCUAUUCAUUGUGAAAGGGAGCUAUAUCACUCAGCCAGAGCUUGGAAAGAUCACAAAGCCUACAUUGACAAGGAGAUUGAAGCUCUCCAGGAUAAAAUUAAAAAUUUAAGAGAAGUAAGAGGACAUCUUAAAAGACGAAAACCUGAUGAAUGUGAUUGUAGCAAAAAGAGCUAUUACCACAAAGAAAAGGGGGCAAAAGUUCAAGAAAAGCUUAAGACAAGUCACCUUCAUCCAUUCAAGUGAGUCUUGUUAAUUUCCAGCAUGUUACCAUUCCAGCAUACAUCCAUGAGACCAAUCUUCCAAUCUGGUUAUUCACAUGCUAAGGGAAAUUUAUCAAAAAAUGUUUCACUUAGUGGUGUGGGAUUUGGUCUAAGUGAAAUAUAUUUAAGACAGAAUUACUUGGUUGCAUUUCAGUCUCUUUUUGUACCUCUCAUGAUCUUAACUUUAUGAUCAUUUCACUGGAAAUGACCUACCCAAUUCUUCUUAGUUCCAUUUUGUUCCGUUUUAAAUGUACACUCUUUUCAAUCUAUAAUCUGCAAUCUUCAAUCUGAUUACAGUACAUUUCCAUCCACUUCCACUGGUGACAUAAAUACAAAGUAAAACUGACAAAGUUAAGUAUCAUAAUUGCAUAAAAUACAACAAACCUACAACCACUCUGUCUUUCUAGGGCUACAACCAAGCAUCACCUGUCUUGGAUGGCCAGGGCAGAGAUGUACAACUGUGUAUCAUAGCAUACAGAUUAUCCCUAAGCCUGUGUCAAUGGAUGACCUCACCUAGCAGUUUUAUUUAGAAGUUAAACAAAAGUGGAAGAGAGAGGAUCCCUAAGCCAUCCCACAGUGUAGAUUUCUCUUCCCUCACCAAAGCCAACUGGAACAAGCCCUGAAGAUAGGAGAACCACCAUUACACUGUGCCUCCCAUUCCCACCCACCCCCCAAGUCAAUCCAGAAGGAUACCAUAGUGGAUGGUAUUAAAGGUCACUGACAGAUCAAAGAGGGUCAAAAAGGACACAUUGCUCCCUCCUGAGUCUGCCACAGGUUAUCAAAAAGGGUUACAUCCCAGUCCAAACUAAGCUGAAAGGGGUCUUUGUUGUUCAGUCGUUAAGUCGUGUCCGACUCUUCGU